AUGCAACCACCCUCCUUUUCUCCUCCUAUUUCUGCAAAAGUUGACAAUAACAAUCCUCCGAUAUACAGAGAGACACCUGAUAUCACUGGUACAUCAGCAGCUGUUAUUUCAACAGUUUGUGUCUAUGUUAACAAGCACGGAAAUUCUGGGCCUCAUCUUGAUAAAAAGAAAAUUCAGCAACUUCUUGAUCACUUUGGACCAGGUCCUGUGAAUGUAGUACUUCAGCAGGCUGUCCAAGCUUGUGUAGAUUGUGCCUAUCAAUCAAAAAUUGUCUUUGGAUUCCUCAAGGCUGGGCAUCAUGCAGGAGAGAUUAUUACUGCUUCUUUUGAUGGGGAGAAACAUACCAUCAAUCUUCCUUCUGUGAAUAGUGCAUCUUUUGUUCUGCGCUUCUUGGAGAAACUCUGCCACAGCCUACAGUGUGAUAAUCUUUUCAGUAGCCAGCCCUUUAGUCCUUACAUGAAAAAUGCACAUAGUCCCAUUGAACAUGAUAGAAACAAGUCAGAAACCCUGCCAAAUGAAGAAACAUCCAAAGAGCACAGGUUUGCUGAGAAUUCAAUGGAUUCUGCACUUAAUUCAGUCACCCUGUCAAGUCCUAACAAUCAGAAUUCCACUGAAUAUUAUACCUCAGGGAACACAGUCUAUUUUAGGCAUUCUCUUCCUUCAGUAUCUGCUACCUCAAACACAGCACCAAAUCUACAUAAAUUAUCAAGUGCUACUGGGAACAGAAGUUAUUGUGAAGUUGCCAGAAAAAGAUUGCAACAGAGAAUUGAAGCUGCAAGUUCUACCACAGGACCUGAUCUCAGUGCACUAAAACAGGAAUCUUCCCAUCUCUUCAGCAAAGAUCCUUCGACAUGGUCAAUUGAUGAAGUAAUGCGAUUUGUACAAGAAGCAGAUCCUCAGGCAUUAGCACCCCAUACCGAACUCUUCAGGAGACAUGUAAGAAAAGUAUAAUUUAUUUUUAAUAGUGCCUAGAAUCACAUGAAAUAAAAAAAUUCCAAUAUAUUCCUGAAAUCUAAUGGACUUUUUUCCUCCAAGAGUAUUGAAAGCAGAAAACCACCACUGUAGUUUGUACUAGAAAAGAUUUUGUGCCAAUAUAAGUUCUACUUGAUACAGAAUUAUCCUUAAACAUAAACUUAAUCCUGAGGUCCCAUGAAUUCUUGCUGUGUUUUGGGGAAACUAUUAUUAAUUACAUAAAAAUAUACAGAGAAAAAUCUUAGAACAGGAAAACAUAACUUCAUAUGUGUGAAAUGUUCUUCCUGCUCUGUUGACGAAUUUGGUAGGAUUAAAAUGGAUUCCAAUUAGUUUACCUAUUUGUUAGUCUCUGUUUUCUAAACUGAUAUAUGUGAGUAAGGUAACUGGGAUAAUGUUAUGGGGACAAAUAAUUUAUUAGCACUUCUCUUGAUCAAAGAUGGGACUGAAAAAAAGAAAACCAGAUUGUCAAAUUCCAGAUGCUGCUUCCCCCAUCAGCAUCAGAAGUCAGGUAUUCUUCACAUUAGAAAGGCCAAAAAGGGAUGUGAUGGAUGUCGGUUGGGAAGACCUGAGGGUCUGGAGAUGUUUCAGGCCACUAAUAACUUGACCUUGAAACAAUGUUAAAUGUUUAUCCAUCACCAGCAUGGAGAUGGAGAGAUGGAUUCAGUGUAGCUCUCAUAGCUACUAAAAUAAAUUGU